AUGGGGAGGGGACGGGUGGAGCUGAAGCGGAUCGAGAACAAGAUCAACCGCCAGGUGACCUUCGCCAAGCGCCGCAACGGCCUGCUCAAGAAGGCGUACGAGCUCUCCGUGCUCUGCGACGCCGAGGUCGCGCUCAUCGUCUUCUCCAACCGCGGCAAGCUCUACGAGUUCUGCAGCGGCCAGAGCAUCACGAAAACACUUGAGAGGUACCAGAAAUGCAGUUAUGGUGGCCCAGAUACUGCAGUACAGAACAAGGAGAACGAAUUAGUGCAGAGCAGUCGCAAUGAGUACCUCAAACUGAAAGCAAGGGUGGAAAAUUUACAGAGAACUCAAAGGAAUUUGCUUGGUGAAGAUCUCGGGUCACUUGGCGUCAAAGAGCUUGAGCAGCUUGAGAAGCAACUUGAUUCAUCCUUAAGGCACAUAAGAUCCACAAGGACACAGCAUAUGCUUGAUCAGCUCACUGAUCUCCAGAGGAGGGAGCAAAUGCUGUGUGAAACAAAUAAGUGCCUUAGAAGAAAGCUGGAGGAAACCAACCAAGUGCAUGGGCAAAUGUGGGACCAAGGUGCCAACUUACUUGGCUACGAGCGGCAGUCCCCACAGCAGGCCCCACCACAUGGCGGCAACGGAUUCUUUCAUCCCCUGGAUGCGGAGCCAACCCUGCAGAUUGGGUUCGCUCCUGAGCAGAUCAAUAACUUCAUGCCGACAUGGCUACCCUGA